AUGAGGAGUUUUUUUUCCCAACCAUCAACUGUACCAAAAAGAGAGUAUGCAGAUGGGCCAAGGAAAAGAUUUUCAAUCCACCAAAUUACUGAUCCAUCACCACCUUCAAAAACAUCUCAGCCUAAAUCCUUUGAUCUAGCUCUCGCAUGCUCUUGGUUGCUCCAGAUCAUUGUUGAUCGAAUCGCUAUUCAGAGUGAUCCUCCUUCUCCAUCGUCUCAACAUCACAGGGUGUCUUCUUCAUCUCAGUGUUAUUCUUCUUCAUUCAAACCAGUAUCGUCGCUGUUCGCUUCAGUGGCGAAUUCCCCUUCGUCAGCUCGCUGCAAUGGCGGUUCCGCUAUGAUAUUCGCUUCAGGUCUUCGAACUUGCUUCACAAACCUCUCUGCUGCGGAAUCAACAAUGAUCUCCACAACAUGA